GCAAAAGACAUCAUCUUCUCCAGUUCAAUACAUUCUCUCUUUGUUAGAGCUAUAGCCGUUCCUCAGAAUUGAACACAAAGCAUCCAGGGAACCCUUAACAGAUGAAACAGAGCAAUGGCCUCAAUCUCGCCAAAACCUUCAAACCUCCUCCCCUCUCUCGUCUCUGGCCAAGUACCUCCCCUCCCCUACCUUCUUCACCUCCUCUCUUCUCUCGUCUCCGACAGUAAGUUUGCCGAUGCCAAAUCCCUCCUCCUCAAUUUCAUCCCUUCCGAUCACCCCACCAACGAGCUCCACACCCACCUUCUCCACCCGGAUGGCGCGCUUCCUAAGCCCUCCAGGGCUCUGCUGGACACCGCAAUCGGUGCUUACUGCCAAUGCCGCCGCCCGCAUCUCGCCGUUCAGCUUUUCAAAAAAAUGAAGCGACACCGUUUGCGCCCGAAGCUGCUCACCCUCAACACUCUCCUCAAUUCCCUGGUGAAGUACCCUUCUGCCCACAAUAUGCGUAUGUGUAAAGAAUUGCUUAAUGAUGCACUUAAGCUAGGUUUAGCUCCAAAUACCAUGACUUUUAACAUUUUAAUCAACGGGCAUUGUGUAGAGAACAAGUGUAAUGAUGCAAUUAAAUUGUUAGAUAAGAUGGAUGAGUUCGGGUGCAGAGCAGAUAACGUGAGCUAUAAUACUGUUUUAGACGCACUGUGCAAGAAGGGUAGGCUAAGAGAGGUCCGUGAUUUGCUCUUGAAUAUGAAGAAUAAAGGGCUUCUUCCAAACAAGAAUACUUACAACAUUUUGGUAAGCGGUUAUUGUAGAGCUGGUUGUAUUAAGGAAGCUGCCAAGGUUGUUGAACUGAUGACAAGGAGCAAUACACUGCCUGAUGUUUGGACCUAUAACAUGUUGAUUAAUGGUUUCUGUAGCUCAGGGAAGAUUUUGGAGGCGUUUCGACUUCGGGAGGAAAUGACUGGCUUGAAGUUGUUACCUGAUGUGGUAACUUAUAAUACACUAGUUAAUGGUUGUUUUGAAGCUGGGAUGAGUUCUGAAGCCUUUGAUUUACUGGAAGAAAUCAGGAAAAACGGGCUAAAACCUAACGGAGUUACCUAUAACAUAUUAAUCAAAUGGUAUUGCAAGGAAGGGAGAUUAAAUGAUGCUACAGACACUGUUCAUAGAAUGGAGGAGAGUGGGUUUCACCCAGAUUGUGUUUCAUACAAUACUUUGAUAAGUGCAUUUUGUAAAAAAGGGGAUCUUGCCGAGGCUUUUAAAAUAAUAAACAAAAUCGGACAAAAGGGUUUGAAAAUGGAGACGGUGACUCUAAAUACGGUCUUGAACACACUAUGCCAGGAAGCGAAGCUUAACGAGGCUUAUGAGUUGCUUACUAGUGCCCGUAAAUGUGGUUAUAUUAUUGAUGAAGUGAGCUAUGGAAUUUUGAUUGUCGCCUACUUCAAGAACGCAAAUGUUGAAAAUGCUCUUAAGCUUUGGGAUGAGAUGAAAGAAAAAGAUAUAUUUCCAAGUUUAGUCACAUACAACUCUCUAAUCUCUGGCCUAUGCAAAUCAGGUAAAACUGAGGAAGCCAUUGCCAAAUUCAAUGAACUUUUGGAGCAGGGUUUAGUGCCUGAUGAGAUUACGUACAACACUAUCAUCCAUGGGUAUUGUUGGGAAGGAAAUGUUAGGAGAGCAUUUCAAUUUAGCAACAAAAUGGUUGAGGAUUCAUUCAAACCAGACAUGUAUACAUGCAACAUUCUUCUUUUGGGACUCUGUAAGGAAGGAAUGAUUGAGAAGGCCAUUAAUCUCUUCAACACAUGGAUCGAUAAAGGGAAACAGCUUGAUUCUGUAACUUACAACACUCUUAUAAGGGCCUUAUGUAAGGAUGGAAGGCUUGAUUAUGCUCUCCACCUUGUUUCUGAAAUGGAAGUGAAGAAACUCGGGCCGGAUAGUUACACUUAUAGUGCCGUUGUUAGAGCACUUGGUGAUAGUGGAAGGGUAAGGGAAGCAGAAGAGUUCAUGUCAAAAUAUAAUGAGACUAGAGUUUCAUUUAAAGAAUCUGUUGCGGUAAUAAGUGGGGAAGAAGACAUAAAGGGUGAAUGUUCAACGGAACAGGAAGCGAGCUGUAUUGCUGACUCAGAAGAGAUUAAUGAGCUUUGUGCUCAAGGGAGAUAUAAGGAUGCAAUGCAUAUCUUUGGACAACUUACCAAGAGAGGCUCUUUUGUACCAAAGUCAACAUAUAUUACAUUAAUGUAUGAACUUGUCAAGAGGAGAAAAGGUAUCUCCAGUGCCAGAUGAUUAUGAUAUACUCGCUCUUUACUCCAAUUCCUUGAAGAGAUAUUUGUGUGUUCUGAAUUAUUUCAAAUUGAUACAGCUACUGCUGGUACAAACAAGGCUGCAUCCAGUUCUACAUCUCUGAUCUCUGAACACAAGGAAGCUUGAUGAAGACACAAAGAAUCUGUCUCGUGAGAACUUUAAUUGAAGGAUUUGAGGACUUUUGGACUGAUUUGUGGAGAUUUUUCCUUUUCCAAGGAUUGUUAAGAAAUAAAAAGAAGUGAGCCAAAUACUUUUUGUUUUGGAGAAAGGCUCCUGCCCAGCAAACGUCAAAAAGAAAAAGAGGAUUACCCCUCUUAAUUUGUACGGCAAUAGCAAAAGAAAAUUACAGUUGGAGUCCAACAAUCACAAGAGAAAAAAGAUCCAGUCCAAAUUAAAGGAGUGCAGACUUAUAGAGCCGCACCAUCAACCCAAAAAGAGAAAGAAAAGGACAAAAAAAAGCCCAAGAACAAAGAAGAGGCUGGAGAGGGUUUAGGGGCUGCUCUAAUUUUCGUUCAGCUCCAUCUAUUACGGGGGUUUUUAAGAAGAAAAUAAGCGGACUGGAAGGAGAACGCAGCAGGGGAAUUCUGGCGGCCAGAAGUGUGGAGCUGAGGCCGGACGGACGGAGGCCGCUGAACUGCUCUACAGAGAACAAGGACGAAAAUUGUGAGAAGGAACCUGAGGGACGACACACUGGACUUCAGGCUGCAAAAAUUAUGGGGAAAGAAUCAUUCACUGUUCAAGAAGACGCUGGUUUGAAUCAGAGGCAACCCCUCAUGUUCUUGAUUCACACACUAUUAAUUAUUUGAAUAUUGGCACAAUCGUUUAAUUUCUUUAUUGUUAAGAUGAACCCUUUAUUUCCUACGGUUUUACUAGUUUUCUAUUUGAGUAUGAGUAGCUAAAUUCUUGUGUCCAUGAUUAUGAUGAAGUUGCUAUGAUUUAGUAUGAAUUGUGAUUCUAGUUAGGCCAAUUAAUUGAGUUUUAUCCAUUGUUCUUA